GCCGCGCCGACGCUCACGGCGGCGUCCGGGCUGGGCAGCCGCUGCGGGAGCCGAAGGCUGCGGAGGGAGACCGCCCGGAAAGCCCGCGGCCACCCCGCCGGCUCUGGGCUUCGGUGGAGCCCGGCUGCCGCUGUUUACCUCGCGACGCCCCACCCCCGGCGGCCGCAGCCCGCUCGGAGCGCGCGGUGCCAUUGGGCCGGCGGCCUGUCAGUCGCCGGGGACUUUCCCAGAGGUGGGGCGGCCCGGUCCGGGAACUUCCUCGUCCUCCGACCUGUACCCCUGCCCUGGUCCGGGAGCCGGGAGGGGUGCUGCGGAGCCUGAGCUUCACCUUGGGCUCUGUCCGGUUUCUGGAGCCGGACACGGGGUCACUGCCCCUUCAAAACACCGCCCUCAGCCUGGUGGUUGCCACGGCAGGGGUUGAGCCACCCUGAUGGAAGGGAGAGGACCGUACCGGAUCUACGACCCUGGGGGCAGCGCGCCUCCAGGAGAGGCAUCCACAGCUUUUGAGCGUCUAGUGGAGGAGAAUUCCCGGCUGAAGGAACAAAUGCAAGGGAUAAAGAUGUUAGGGGAGCUUCUGGAAGAGUCCCAGAUGGAAGCAUCCAGGCUCCGGCAGAAGGCGGAGGAGCUGGUCAAGGACAAUGAGCUGCUCCAGCCACCUCCUCCCACCUUGGGUAGCUCCUUUGACCACCUGGCUGAACUCACAGGGAAGGACACCCAAAUCCCGACACCUCCCGCUGCACCUGCGUGUACCAGUGACAAGCCAGCUCCAGUUCCCAAACCUCCAUCCAGUGGCACCUCCUCUGAGUUUGAAGUUGUCCCCGCCGAUGAGCAGAGUUCUCCGCCUGAGAGCAGCGCCUGCCCUAGAAACAAGGUGGAGCUGGGCCCCCUGCCCCAUGAGGACAGCAACCUGAUGCUGCACCUGCAGCGGCUGGAAACCACCCUGAGCGUGUGCGCCGAGGAGCCCGACCACAACCAGCUCUUCACCCACCUGGGCCGCAUGGCCCUCGAGUUCAACCGGUUGGCCUCCAAGGUGCACAAGAAUGAGCAGCGCACCUCUAUCCUGCAGACCCUUUGUGAGCAGCUUCGGAAGGAGAACGAAGCCCUGAAGGCCAAGCUGGACAAGGGCCUGGAGCAGCGGGACCAGGCUGCUGAGAAGCUGCGGGAGGAGAAUAUGGAACUCAGGAAGCUGUUGAUGAGCAGCGGACACAGAGAGGGCACCUCAGGACAGCCAGGCUCCCCAAAGGUGGAAGGUGCUGGCAAAAAGGUGGUGGCCGGGCUGCAGCAGACUGGCGUGGCAGCUGGUAAGCUCCCAGACACAGGGGCCUUGUCCUCAGCCGAGAAGAAGGUGAAGAUGCUGGAGCAGCAGCGCACAGAGCUGCUGGAAGUCAACAAGCAGUGGGACCAGCACUUCCGGUCCAUGAAGCAGCAGUAUGAGCAGAAGAUCACCGAGCUGCGUCAGAAGCUGGUAGACUUGCAGAAGCAGGUGACAGACCUGGAGGCCGAGCGGGAGCAGAAGCAGCGUGACUUUGACCGCAAGCUCCUCUUGGCCAAGUCCAAAAUUGAAAUGGAGGAGACCGACAAGGAACAUCUGACGGCAGAGGCCAAGGAGCUGCGCCAGAAGGUCAAGCAUCUGCAGGAUCAGCUGAACCCGCUCACCCGGCAACGCGAGUACCAGGAGAAGGAGAUCCAACGUCUCAACAAGGCCCUGGAGGAAGCCCUGAGCAUACAGGCCUCCCCGUCCUCUCCAGCAACAGCGUUUGGAAGCCCGGAAGCAGUGGCAGGCCAUCUAAGGAAGCAGGAGCUGGUCACGCAGAAUGAGCUGCUGAAACAGCAGGUCAAGAUUUUUGAGGAGGACUUCCAAAGGGAGCGCAGCGACCGAGAGCGCAUGAAUGAGGAGAAGGAGGAGCUCAAGAAGCAGGUGGAGAAGCUGCAGGCCCAGGUCACCAUGUCUAAUGCUCAGCUAAAAGCACUCAAAGAUGAGGAGAAGGCAAAAGAAGUCGUCAGACAGCAGAAGAGGAAAGCAAAGGCCUCGGGAGAGCGCUAUCACAUGGAACCCCACCCGGAGCACCUGUGCGGGGCCUACCCCUACGCCUACCCCCCAAUGCCAGCCAGGGUGCCACACCAUGGCUUCGAUGACUGGUCCCAGAUCCGUUACCCCCCACCUGCCAUGGCCAUGGAACAGCCGCCCCCGCUCCCAAACUCACGUCUCUUCCAUUUGCCAGAAUAUACCUGGUUUCCUGCCUGUGGAGCCUUGCGGAACCACGGUUCCCAAGUAAUGGACCCACCUGCAGCCAGGCCGGCAGAACAAGGGUCCACAAAAAAUGACCGCGAGGGACCUCAGUGAGACCAGAUUGUGUCAUCUGGCUCCAUCAGCACCUUCCAGCGCCAGCUGACCCCAGGUUACAGGAAAACUUCACACCAUGUGUUCUGUGUGGCAAGAGCCUCAGCUGGGUGGAAGGCCAAGAUGGGAGGCAUUGGGUGCUCCCAGUCCACCCGAAACUCUUCCUAAGACCAAGGAUGCUCCACCCACAAGGCUCCUCUGGGCACCGCCAGGAGAAACUCAGCACCCUGCCCCAGGGGAGAGAGGUGACACCCAACUGACUGCUAUCCCUGGCUGAAGCCAGCAGGGGACGUCAGUCCUAAGAAGAGGAUGUGGCCAGGAUUCCCUUCCUUGCUAAGUCUUCCCAGGAGUGGUUCCAGCCCAACUCAUGUGCGUGUUUCACUUUUGCUUCAAGCGCCAUAGCAGGACUUGUCCCACAUUCAUGCCUGCCGCUCUGUGUGGAGCUGUGGGAGAGUGUGUUUGUCGCCAGAGCAGAUGCGCACACUACGGUGUUGCCCUGCCACCGGGCCCGCUGCACCGCAGUAGCCUUGCCAGAGCCAUUGCUGCCAGUCAAAGGCCAGGCCCUUGGCCCCACAGCUAGAGGCCUAUGGUGGCAGAAGUCAGGAGUGGCAGCUGUCCAUCCCUUGGCAGCUGUUUGCACAAACCUUGGACAUAAAUCCAGGUUGGAGAUCAG